AUGGAGACCAUGCCGUCGUGCACAAACUCGCACACCAGAUUGCCCAAGCUGAGCAUGAGUAAGCAUGUCCAAAGAAGGGACUCGCUUUCCUCUUCGAGAACCCGAGAUUCUGGCUAUAACAGCGAUCCGGAUCCGCUCUCGCCCUUGGAAAUAGCCGUGGUAGAGCAGGACCUACUUCCCUCGACAUUUCCACGCGUGCCAAGUAUCCUGCUUAACUCUAAACCCACCUCUUUUCAGACACACCUCAACUUCGAUACCAUAAAGCGCUUUGGACGGGGAACCAUCUUAAGUGAUGAUGCAAAAGCUAGUUCGGACCGGGGAAUCUCAAGUCACCCCGCAACAUUUAUCCCGGACCGUGGUAUUCCGCGAAGCUUUCCUUGGUCCCCCGAGUUAGAGAUUAUCUAUGGCGACGGACCUGCGGAGAUUCUGCAAACCCAGACAGCUUCUCAAGACGAAGAUAUAGAGAGAUGGGUGAACGACAAUCUCCCGUCACGCAAUCGACCGGAGCAGAGGGCACUAUCCAUCGUUUCAAUAUCUUCAACCAGUAGCUGCGACAUGUACACAAGCACGGAUGUCAGUGACGAUGAAGAUGAGUAUAGAAAUGGGCCCUCAAUCGCUCAAAAACCGAGGUCUAUUCUCAAGGUCAUCGACUUGAUCAUCAGGAAGGUUGAGAUUAGCCUACGACAUGCAGCUUACAAACAGUGUGCGGGAAACAACACCCCAAGCUCUCAGUCCGGAAUCUCUACUUCCACAGGACACAGCCGCAAAACAUCGUCGAGCUCCGGAUCAAAGAGAAAAACACGCCAGGACGGUAGUUCGCCGCCAGAGGAUGAUGACGAGGACAGACCAAAUAAGAGGCGGCGGGGGUCGAUCGUAACCUUGGAUGAAUCAGAUAUGGGUGCGCGGUUCGCAUGUCCGUUCUACAAGCAUGAUCCGAAUCGAUACCGCAAUCGGCGUACUUGUCCCGGCCCUGGUUGGACGACUGUCCAUAGGAUGAAGGAGCAUUUAUAUCGGUCACAUGCUCAGCCAAUCUUCUGUCCAAUCUGCUACGCAAAAUUUAAGUCAGACAAGGAGCAACUGAAUCAUGUGCGGUUGCAGCAAUGUGAGAGAUCGUCCACCCAACAAAUUGACGGCAUUGAUAGGGAAACAAUCUGGACGCUGAGAAAACGUACCACUGGACUGAGGCUAGAAGAAGACAAGUGGAGAGAUGUUUAUCAUAUUCUUUUUCCAGGGGUUCCGACUGCGGACAUUCCCAGUCCAUUUUAUGACUGCGACUCGCCAAGUGAAGACUCACGAAGAUUCCGCAGAGAUCUGCUUCGUCGCGUGCAAGAGGAGCUGCACAUGGAAGCUGAACAGAUGCCUAGUCCAGUCGAACAGCAACUUCUACAGCGUGUCGCUCAAAUUAUCCGUCGUUGCGAAGAAGAUCUACUAAACCAGUCUCAUCCGCCUCACACUGCUGACUUCAAUACCGGUCGACGUGCUAGUGCUAGCUCUAUAGGCAGUUCUCACCAGGCCACGCCUGCAUCUGCGCCCAGCCCACCACCAUUCCAGAGUGAUUUGAUACCAGUGGCGCCGGUACUAGGUUCCCAAGACCAUAUUCUUGUCCCGAUGACGCUCCAAGACACUGCACAGUACAUACCUGAGCCUAUUGUAGACUUUACGCAACUGGUGUAUGAUGACCAGCCGUAUGAUACUUUUAGUCUGGGCAUUGAUUGGGAGGAUGUCUUUUCUCCGGUGCAAGACAUGCAAUGUCGGAAGAGCAGCGAGCCUGGUACCACAUGUCCAAGGUUUAUGUUCACUUGA